GCCUCCGGAGGGCCAGCUGGGUAUGUGUGAGUCUGGGAGUGCGUUCGAGGCUCGUCGAGCAGCAGCGGAACUUGAAAACUUCACCGCAUUGAAGCGAGGAGGAGCCGUGUGAUCGGAGGUUUUUACCCGAACCCCGGUAGUCAGUCUGAGCCCCGAUACAGGAGGACCGGUCCGGUUCUCAACAUUGGAACGAUUUCCGGCAAACAUGGAUGAUUUAGAUGCUUUGUUGGCGGACCUUGAGUCCACAACAUCCCACAUUUCCAAGCGUCCCCUCUUCCUGUCAGACGACAACGCCUACUCCUUCCCUGUUGGGACUCAACCCCAGCAAGACAUUGUCUCUCCACCCGCUUCCACUGAGCAAACUCUGAACGGACUGGAUGAAACGGCGGCUUUGAACUCAGCUCAGAGAAGUCCCUGGUCUAAAGAUAGCAGCAGUCCAACGCAGCCUGCUGGUGAAGAGGACCACGUAUACAGUUUCCCAAAUAAGCAGAAGACUAGUGAGUCACCAGCUGUUGCCAUGAACUCCUCUUUGGGUAGUAACCUGUCUGAGCUGGACCGUCUGCUCCUGGAGCUCAACGCCGUCCAACAGAGCACCCCUAACUUCCCCACAGAAGAGGAGGCAGCUCCACCACUGCCUACCAGCAGCAUCAUCCACCAUGUACAGGAGAACGGAGUCCCUGCUGCAAACAAGAUGGCUCCACCUGUUCUGGAGAAGCCCAAACGCGGUGUUCGGGGAAUAGAGGAUGUACGACCAAGUGUAGAGAGCCUCCUGGAUGAACUGGAGAGCUCUGUGCCCUCACCCAUUCCCACUCCAUUGGUAGUGUCAGAUGAACAAACAGAUGGACAAGAGGAAACACCAGCACAGCAACAGGCCAGAAUGUCUGCCUCAUCUGCCACACGAGAGCUGGAUGAGCUAAUGGCCUCCCUGUCCGACUUCAAAGUCCAAAGUAAUAUCCAGUCCCAGGGAAAGAUUUCUCCCCCCGAAGCCCCCAAACCAGCCAACAAGUUGGACAACAUGCUGGGAAGCCUCCAGUCCGACCUCAACCGACUUGGAGUCCAAACCGUGGCUAAAGGUGUUUGUGGUGCCUGCAAGAAACCGAUUGUUGGACAGGUGGUGACUGCCAUGGGUAAAACGUGGCACCCCGAGCACUUUGUGUGCACCCACUGCCAGGAGGAGAUCGGCUCCAGGAACUUCUUUGAGCGUGAGGGGCAGCCAUACUGUGAGACAGACUACCACAACUUAUUCUCACCAAGAUGCCACUACUGUAAUGGACCCAUAUUGGAUAAAGUUGUUACUGCUUUGGAUAAGACUUGGCAUCCUGAACACUUCUUCUGUGCCCAGUGUGGAGCCUUUUUUGGACCUGAAGGCUUCCAUGAGAAGGAUGGAAAAGCGUUCUGCAGAAAGGAUUACUUUGACAUGUUUGCCCCGAAAUGUGGUGGCUGUGCCCGUGCCAUCCUGGAGAACUACAUCUCCGCACUCAACGCACUCUGGCAUCCUGAAUGCUUCGUCUGCAGGGAGUGCUUCACGCCUUUCAUUAACGGCAGCUUCUUUGAUCACGAGGGCCAGCCUUACUGUGAGGCGCACUACCACGAGCGGCGGGGUUCGCUGUGCUCCGGCUGCCAAAAGCCCAUCACCGGCCGCUGCAUCACAGCCAUGGGCAAAAAGUUCCAUCCAGAGCACUUUGUGUGCGCUUUUUGCCUGAAGCAGCUCAACAAGGGAACCUUCAAAGAGCAGAAUGACAAACCCUACUGCCACGGCUGCUUUAUUAAACUUUUCAGUUAGAUGGUGUGUGCAGGUGUAGCGUGGGCAUCCACGCAUCCUCACGCUUAUUCUCGUUCAGAUGCGUGUGUUCUCACGUCAGCAUGUAAGAAUCAGUGAAAUUGUUUUUGAGACGGAGAGGCUCAUGUAGUGGUGUUUCACAUCAUAAAAAAGGGAAAAUAGUCUCUGACUGUUGACUCUUGACUUGACACUGACGGCCUUCAUGAUCUGUCCAAACUCAGGCUUGGCAUUUCACACUUUUGCUAAAGACAUUUUAAAGAGCCCAAAGAGAUUUUUAUUUUGAGUUUUAUUCCUGUGUGCAGCAAAGAAAAGAUGAGUAUUUCUCCUUGUGUGUGUGUGCGUGUGUGUGUGUGUGUGUGUGUGUAUAUAUAUAUAUAUAUAUAUAUAUAUAUAUAUAUAUAUAUAUAUAUAUAUAUAUAUAUAUAUAUAUAUAUAUAUAUAUAUAUAUAUAUAUGAAUAUAUAUGUAUAAGCCUAUGAGGGUAGUGUUUGGACUGCCUCUGAGCCCUACAUUUGUAAAUGACUUUAUCCCCAGAGCAGGGCAAGACCUUGCAUCAUAUAGUGAAUCUGUUGAACUAGUUUAAUGCAGAUGUGAGUAGCUGCUUGUUUGCAUGGACCAGGGAGAGUUGACCUGAGCUGUUUUGACAUGUUAACUGUUCAAUACCCAGUGUUUGGCCAAUGAGUGUUCCAAUAAUCUGUUAAUGAAGAUGUAUUUUUCUAGUUUUGGAAACUAUUGAGGUGCCAUUAAAGUAGACACAGACACACGCUUAACAUAUACAUGAUAAACUCAUCUUGUUUCUUUUAUUUGCUGUUAUCGCUAUCCCUUUUUUGCAUAUAUGAGAACUUUUUCACAGAUCUCUUGAUGAGAGCGUGCAUUUUAUGUGUGAAUGUCAAACUGUUAGGUCGGUCCUAAUGUAGUUCAUUAUGAAUACAACCUUUUUUCUCAGAACCCUUAUGCUAGUAUUUGAUAUAAUAAUAGUUUUAUGCCAUUUGGAAAUUUACUUUAACUUUUCCACUGCAAAGUGUGUGUCUACUUUAUUAAAUAGGUUUAAUGCUCAAAGACCUAGACCAACACACACACAGCUUAACAUAUGUAAAAUGUUUAAUAACUUUUGAACCACUAAUCCCAUCAGUGUGCUUUCAGAGGUCAGAUAAAGUAGAGAUUCAGUUGUUUGGACAUUUAGAGGCUCUGUAGUGAACAUAAUUACACCAUCCUGCUCUGUAGCUUUCAUUCAUUAAAGAAACCCUGUAGUUAGCUCCUCUGAGCCAGUAAUGUCUGUAACUUGCUCAGGAAAGGUUAGAUGUUGACAGAAAAUCUAAGUAAAACUUUGCAAAUUUAAGAAAAACAAUCUUUAUUAAGAGCCUGUCACAAUUCACAGUACAUAUAACAUCCCAUUUCUACUGUUAUUUUAUUUAACGUUCUAUUCAUCCAUUCAUAGUCAAAGCAAGAGUAAAAUUUGUAAUUUAACUUAUUUAAAUUCUACUUAUAACACUAACUAUUAUUAUAAGCAGAGUCAGGUCUUUGAGAGUUAAACAAAAUAAACUGAUGCAAAUAAUAAAAAAUGGGGUUGGUCAGGUUAAAAAUGUUAAGCUUUGGUGCAAUUUUUUAAAGAACAAGCCAAAAUAGAGUUUACUCCAGCUCAGCGGUGGAGAUUUCACUGCUGUAUUUACAGAUUUAACAGAGAAUAUUGGAUUCAGCAUAAAUACUAUUGUAACUCGUCCCUGUCUUGGUGUUAUCGGUUCAAUAUUUAAAAUUAGGUUUGUAUUAAUGUGGCAAAGCAUGCAGGUUUCUUUUUAUGUAGAGUUUUAUCAGCACUAGCUGCCAGAUGCUGUUACAAUCAGAAUCUAAAUUUAUAUCCUUGUUAUAUGCUCGACUUUAUGACAGAACUGUGUUUUGUCACUGUUUUAUGAAAAUGUGUAUUUUUGAGCUGUUUGGGCUCACACUGAUAUGCAAAGAGCUGGCUCUAUUGGCAUGUAAGCUACCAGUACUUUACCCUGUGUACUCGCACUCGCUCACUCAUAAAGGAUUGGAUUCCAGUGUGUCGGACUUCCAGGAAACCUGGCCCUCAAUAUUUUUAUUACGAGUGAUUAGCGAUGAUCCUGCUGUCUGAGUUUUUAUCUUGUGCUGGGCUCACUGAUGGCAGCUGGUGUUUGUGUUAGCUGGUCAGGAAUCAGAAUAAGCCAGAGAUUUCAGCCAAUUUUAUGCAGUAUGUAAUGACUUUUCUUUUUUUGAGCAUUUUUGCUUGUCUAUUAAUUCAGAUGCUUUUUUUUUUUUUGAUCAUCAGGCAUGCCGGAGUUACAAGUUAUCUGCAUUGAGAUUGUUUUUAUGUAUGAAAAGAUGUGCCAAACGUGUCAAUGCAAUAAGGUCUUAUACACUGUGGGGUUUCGGUCUUUCCUGAUCUGAGCUGUGGGAAGGGCCUCGUCUGCUGUGGUGCAUCUGAACUCUUAGCUUUACACUGGUAAUAGACAAGCCAAGAGAGAUCCUCUGUGCUGCCUCCUUCAGCAGACAGUGCAGUGUUCAUGUAGCUGAGGAAAUAAAGUAGCAAAAGGAAAUAGUGGGACUUUGAAUCACACCUUCCAAUAAAUGUGUACACAUGAAAAAUGAGUUUCACCUGAUGUCUAUGUAUCUACUUAUGGUUUGCCUUAGUUUCUGCUUCUGUCAAAUGAUAAAAACAAAGCAUUUUACUGUUAACAAGAUAAGUACAUUUUGUUCUUUAAAAACAGACAUUCAUGUGAUCUUUUACUAUUUGAAUUUUAUGAUGAGCCAUGAAUUUAUGUGGCUCUGUCUGUGGGUGGGGUGUAAGAUUAUGUGGGUCCUGAUUAUCGAAUGACAAAUACAACUGCUGCAAAUAAAAUAAGUACUUUAUUUCUGG